AUGCAGUACGUUCGCAGCUUGGGGAGCGGUGUCUCCAAGACUUGGAAUUCCAUUAAUCCCGCAACCCUGUCCGGAGCCAUUGAUGUCGUUGUGAUUGAACAAGAAGACGGCACUCUGGCGUGUUCCCCUUUCCACGUCCGUUUUGGAAAAUUCUCUUUACUCCGACCUUCCGAAAAGAAGGUCGAGUUUAAAGUCAAUGGGGUCAAACAAAACUACGCCAUGAAACUCGGAGAUGGUGGCGAAGCCUUCUUUGUCUUCGAGACUUCGAGCGACAUCCCCGAAGCUUUACAGACCUCGCCUCUUGUAUCCCCAGCCAACAGUCCACCUAUUAAUGCCGCCGAUAAUCCACCCUCGCCGGGACUUUCGGAGCCGUCGUAUCUUGAUAUCGCAGAACCUAGCAAGGGUGGCCGUACUCCGGAACAGUCUUCGUCACAGCGGACCAUUCCACUCAUCAGAAGGGAAGGGACAAGCCUCAGUGAACGAGGUUUAUAUGGCUCCCUUCCAGCGUCUAACACCCCUCUUCCAGCAACGCCUUUGUCGGCGCCCUCUCUCUUGGAACGUUCAGUCUCCGAGGAGGUGCUAACCGUUGCGGAGCGAGAGCAAUUAGAUUCGGUCAGCGAAUCGUUUCACAAUAACGGGAUCCCAACCUCGCCCAAGUUUAGUCUUGACGGCACCAGCACUCCCAAACCUUCUGCCAGUCCCCCGGCGCUGAAACCCAAAGAAGCCUAUGACCGGGCGAUGACACUAUCGAAAAAGCUUUCGUCCUCUAAUAUCCGAUCCCAAGUCACCGAAUCCGGGGAUCUGAUGCUGGACAUGACCGGCUACAAAACAAGUGAAGACGAUGCCCUUCGAACCGAAGCCGUGGCCCGCAAACUUCUUUCGGAAGAACUGGAAGGAAAUUACGAUAUCGGCUCGUUAAUCGGAACCGACGAGCGUGGUAAUCUUUGGAUCUACAGCAGUGAGGAAGCUCGGGAUGCUGCCAACCGAAAAGCGGUCACUCAGAACCUCGAGCAAACCAACGCUAUCUCGAUCGACAAUGCCUCCGACCCCGGCUAUCACAGUGAUAGUGACCGCAGUCCUUCGCCAGAACUCUCCGCUAAAAUCCAGCCACAUGGCCAUCAACGAGCGCAAUCCGAAGAAUUACCACCAGCCCCCCGGAUGUCUGGGGAGCAAGGCCGAAAUUUUGCCAAAACUCUCCGUUUAACAAGUGAUCAAUUAAAAGCACUCAAUCUUAAACAAGGCGAGAAUCAAAUGUCCUUCACCGUCAACCGCGCCACUUGUACUGCAUACAUGUACUACUGGACUUCGGAUGUUCCCAUCGUGAUAUCUGACAUUGAUGGCACCAUCACCAAAUCCGACGCUUUGGGUCACCUGCUCAAUAUGGUCGGGAGGGAUUGGACGCAUGUGGGAGUGGCCAAACUGUAUUCUGACAUUGUUGCCAACGGGUACAAUAUUCUAUACCUGACAAGCCGGUCAGUUGGUCAAGCGGACACAACCCGCACAUACCUGAACGGUGUCACGCAGGAGGGUUGGAAAUUACCUCGAGGACCGGUCAUAAUGAGCCCGGACCGGACCAUUGCAGCAUUACGACGUGAAAUAUACCUCCGCAAACCAGAAGUAUUCAAAAUGGCUUGUUUGCGAGAUAUUCUCGGUCUUUUCCCCGGCAAGACCAAUCCCUUUUACGCAGGUUUCGGGAACCGUUUCACCGAUGCACUGAGUUACCGCAGCGUCAAUAUCCCGUCCACCCGGAUCUUCACCAUCAACACGAAUGCCGAGGUCUCGCUGGACCUAUUGACGUUGAACAAAUAUCGAAGCAGUUACGUUACGAUGCGUGAAGUGGUCGACCAUUUCUUCCCCCCCGUGUCGACACUGGUGAAGGAAGGAGGCGAAGAGUAUACCGACUUUACGUAUUGGCGUGACACACCCCGGAACCUGGAGAACUUCACACCGACGGAUUCAGAAGCCGAGGACGAGGACGACCUGGACGAAGACGAAGAGGAGGAAGCAGAAGUUGAAUCAGGAAACGAAAUGGGAGAUAGUUUCCUCUCACGAGAAAGCCUAGACGAAUCCGCGUUAGGAGAUUCAAUUCGCGAAUCGAUCGAAAUCGACGAUACAGCCGAUGCUCUGGAGGCUUCACAAAUUAGCGACGAUCGAAACGGCAGCGCGGAACCGGAUGACGAGCCUGACCAGGAUUUCACAGAUGACUAUCUGGGCAAUGACAACUCGCAGAAGUUGAGGCCAAAGACACCGUCGCAGCCACCGACUCCCAGGGAGAGUGCGAUGCCGACAAAAGCAAAUGGUUCUAGAUGGGCAUGA